AUGAUCCCUGGAGAAAAAGGUUUUGAUGGUCUCUUUUUUUGUGUAAAAAUUGCUGAUAAAACUAUAAGAGAAGCAUGGAGAUCACAAUAUCCUUUUACAACUGUUAUGAAAAUAAAUAAGAUAUUUCCUGGACUAGGACUUGGCAUUGGUGUUUUUAUUAUUUAUUGUUGUGUUGAAAAAUUUUUUGAAAAAAAAAGUAUUUUAGAAAAAAAAACCAAUAUUUGA